CUCUUCUCCUUUGCUUGGGGACUGACGGGAAAGGAAGGAUGGCCAAGACCCACGCGGAGCUGUAUGAUGCCAUCGUGGUUGGGGCUGGCAUUCAAGGCUGCUUCACUACCUAUCACUUCACCAAAAAUAAGAGAAAAGUCCUUCUUCUGGAACAGUUUUUUCUCCCUCAUUCCCGGGGAAGCUCCCACGGGCAGAGCCGGAUCAUCCGCAGGACCUACUGUGAAGACUUCUACACCAAGAUGAUGGAAGAGUGUUACCAAAUGUGGGCCCAGCUGGAGAAUGAGUCUGGGACAGAGUUAUACAGGCAGACAGGAUUACUGAUACUGGGAAGGAAGGAAGAAGAAGAGUUUUGUGCCUUUCAGGACACCUUGUCUAAGGAGUGUGUGGAACACAAGUGUUUUGAAUCUGAAGAGCUGAAGAGAUGUUUUCCAAAUAUCCAGCUGCCCUCAGGGCAAGCGGGAAUCUUGGAGUUAUCCGCGGGUGUCCUGUGUGCCGACAAGGCACUGAAAGUCCUGCAGGAUUUAAUCAGACAGCUAGGAGGUGUGAUCCAUGAUGGGGAGAAAGUAGUAGAGAUAAAACCCGGGUUCCCAGUUACCGUGACAACCACCACUAGGACCUAUCAAGCCAAGAGCUUGGUAAUUACUGCAGGUCCUUGGACUAACAAGCUUCUCCUCCCCCUGGGAAUACAACUGCCUCUGCAGACCCUGCGGAUCAAUGUGUGUUAUUGGAAAGAGAAGGUCCCUGGGAGCUAUGGAGAGAACUUUCCAUGCUUUCUUGGGGUAUUCCCACACCUGAUGCCACACCACAUCUAUGGGGUGCCUGCUAGAGAGUACCCAGGGCUGGUGAAGGUCUCUUAUCACUAUGGUAACCAAGCCGACCCAGAUGAGCGGGACUGCCCCUCAGCACCUCCAGAAGUAGCAGAUGUCCAGAUCCUCAGCAGCUUUGUGAGAGAUUGCUUCCCUGGCCUGCAGCCUCGGCCUGCCAUAAUAGAACACUGCAUGUACACGAAAAGCCCAGAUGGGAAUUUCAUUUUGGAUCGGCACCCAAAACAUGCCAAUAUAAUCAUUGGGGCUGGAUUUUCAGGACACGGCUUCAAGCUGUCCCCUGUGGUGGGGAAGCUCCUGUAUGAGCUAAGUAUGGGGUCAGCCCUGUCCUAUGAUCUGACUCCAUUCCAAAUUAAACGCUUCCAGCACCUGAACAAAGCAUCUUUGUAAACUCCUGGUUAACAUUUUCCUUCCUGUGUCUCCACUGCUUAGCACAGUAUCUGGCACAUAUUAGGUGCUUAAUAAAUGUUUAUAGAUUGAUUGAUUAGUUGAAAACUCACUGAUUAAAGGGAGACUUCCCAGAUUAAGGGACAAUGAGACAUCAUCCAUGUUUCCUAUUUUUCUUGAUUGAUCUAGGCUCAUUCAUCCACUCUGGAUGACUUCUUAAUCCUGCCCUAAAAGUGGUUCAGACAUCCUGGAGCUGAAGGAAUGGUACCUUAAAGACCAGUUUCUCAGUAGGCAGGGGUACAGGCCCAGAAGCCCAUAGGAGAGAAUUUUCUUCUCUGCUGCUCUUUGAAAAUAGGGAAAAUCCUCCAAAAACAGAGCUGGCUUUGAUGCAAAUUCGCUAGAGAAGGGGAUGGGGAUGUAGGCAAGGCUCUUUCUGAACAUGGACUGUCUUCUUCUUGUCUUUGUAAUCCCAGAUCUACACAAAAGGAGCAUAAUAAAUACUUGUUGGUUGAUUGAUA